AUGACUUCCCAAUUGUCUUCCAUCAAAGUUCUGAAUGGUUCCAAUUUUGAGGAGUGGAUAGACUCUCUUACUGUGUCUCUUGUAAUCAUGAGACUCGAUUAUGCCCUGAGAAUUGAUAAGCCCCCCGAGCCCACAACUGAGAGUGAUGCUAAUGCAAAAGCACUCUAUGAAAAGUGGGAGGAGUCCAACAGAUUGUGCCUGAUUGUUAUGAAGCAUACUAUGGACAAGACUAUUAAGAAGAGUGUGCCUUCGAAAGAAAAUGCUAAGGAUUUCCUUGCAGCCGUUAAUACAAAGUUUACCAAAUUUGAUAAGGCUGAGAAAGGAACAUAUUUAGAGUGGUUAUCAUCCACUCGAUAUGAUGGCACAAGUGGAGUACAUGAUCACAUUAUGAAAAUGACCAAUUAUGCUGCCACAUUGGGCGAGAUGGAAGUGAAGAUAUCUGAUUCUUUCCUUGUGUGGCAAAUAAUGCAAUCGCUUCCAUCAUCGUUUGAUACUCUUAAGACCUCCUAUAAUGCAUAA